AAUGCUUAGUCUAAAAGAGUUGACGAUUCAAGCGAUCGUGACAGAUAAGACCCUUUUUGCACAAACAAGCUGGAAGGAAGCUAAAAAUGUUAGCUUACCUUUUGGGAUAGCUGACAAAUUAAUGAAAUGUUUGGACGAAGAAGAAUGCGGAAUUUCAGAAAGCCAUUUGGACUUUUUCAAUAAGAAAGCAUCGUUGAAAAAUAUUUCUAUUCAUGGUAAUCGAAUAAAGCAUUUAUCGAGUCUAUAUUUUUUAAAAAAUCCACAUUUGGAGACGAUUUCUAUUGAACAAAUGAGAUCAAUAAAAGUAAAUACCUGGAUUCGAGAAAUUAAUGGAGAUAAAUUGGAAAAGAUAUCCUUUAAACGUUGUCUAUUUAAGACGAGAGAAAGAAAGUUUUCACUGUCUAAUUUAAAAAGUCAUAUAGUAUUGAAACCUUUAAGAAAUAUUAAAGUAUUGGAUGUUAGUUCAACCAAUUUUGACAACUAUUAUUUAAAAUUAACUUCAAGAGAACUUCAUCUACUUGAAGAAUUAAACAUUUCAAAGACAAAUGUUGAUAGUCUGGAAUCUAUAAAGAAUCUUACUCAAAUAACUUCAUUAGAUAUUUCAUAUGUAACAAAAUCACGUAUAAUACUUACCUACUCCUUCUUAUACGCAUUAAAGUCAUUAAUUUACUUGAAUGUGUCGCAAAACGAUGUAAAUAACAAUCAAUCUGAUGUUUGGAGAGAGUUCUUUGACAAAGCCAACUGGCCUCAACUUCUCCAUUUUAAUACGUCUGGCCGUUGGAAAAUAGAUGGCAAACUAUUAAAAAAGUUUCUAGGGAGACACUUAAACCUUGAAUUUCUUGGUUUGGUUAAUACAGAAAAUACGGGAAUUAAUUGGCAAGAGGUUACAACAAAUCAUCCAAAAGCGACCUCUAUUAUAAUCAUUCCAUUUUUUUCUCACGAAAAUCUUAAAAAGCUCCUUGAGUAUGAUAAAAGAGUGAAAAUUAACAUCUUAUUUGAAUUUAUACCAUGUUGGCUAUCGAAAUUGCACGAAAUGUCUCAUAAUGCUAAUUCAAUGGAUGAUUUUGAAAAGAAUCAACUUAUAGACAUCCUUAUUUUAAUAUUAGAUGAGGAAAAAUACUUAUUUCUAAACCUACAAGAAAAUAUUACCCAAGAUUCUAUAAAAAUAUAUAAUCGUACUUGUGCUCUAAUUCAAAGUCUGGACACAGGAAAUUUAAGUCUAAAGAUAAGGAGAAAAUUGUUUAAUAUUUGUUUCACAGUCUUUACGCAAUCUUUGGAUAAUGAAGUACUAAAUAGAACUAAUAGGCUCAUGCUUCGGAUGAAUUAUGAGACAAUGAACGAGAAUUAUAAAAGGUAUGAACUCUUAAUAAAGACAUUUGAGAGAUGUAGAAGUAUCGAAGAUAUAUCAGAUAGUCAUUUUCUUCUUAAUCAACUCUUAUCAAAUAUACAAAUUGAAAAGAUAUCCGAUAAGGAGGUUAUUACGAUGGAAGAAUACUUUUUAAAGUUCUUGAGUAAUAUCGACCAAUUAUGGAAAGAAGUUGGUGAUCAUGAUAUUCUUGAUGUGAAAAAUGAUAUUGAAAAAUUAUUUAACGUAAAACAAACAUUUGAAACUAAUUGGAUGUAUACGCUAAAAGAAUUAUCCUUUCAAGUUAUCGUUGAAAAUCGUGAUGACUUCUUUCAUGAAGAUAGCAUGUUAUUAAAAGUACCUCCCGCUAUUGUGGAUGAUCUUAUAUUCUAUCUAAAUAGGGAAGAAAUUGGAAUAAAUCCAUUUUAUAUAAAUUUCUUUAUUAAAAAUAAGGUAAUCUUUAGAAAAGUCAAGAUAAAUGGAUAUCGUAUUAGAUACGAAUCAGAUUUAUUAUUUUUGAACAAUCCUGAUUUAGAAACUCUAGAUAUGGAAUGUUUAAGAUUUCAUCGAUUUCACAAUAUCUUAUCAUUAAUUAAGAGUUCAAACUUGAAAGAAUUGGUUCUAGUAAAUUUUGGAAUAUUCAAUGAAGAAUUCCCAAUAGACUUGAAUGAGAUUAACAUUAAUUGGAAAGCAUUUAAGAAUUUGUUAAUACUAAAAAUAGAUUCUCUUUCCGGAUAUUCUAAUUUGUUAUUAAUUCUAUCUAACGAAUUAAAGAAUUUAGAAGAAUUAAGUCUCGGUAAUUUCAAUGGUAAUUUUAAUCUUUUGGAAAAGUUUGUCAAACUUAAAUCUAUUCAAAUUAAAGAUAGCAAUUUCGAUCAGAAUUUUCAAACAAUAUUCUGUAUUCGUAAUUUAAAGCUUUUAGAACGUAUUAUGAUUCCGUUUUCUAUUGGUAAUACAUGUCAACAGGAUAGCUUUUUAAAUACUGUCACAUGGCCAAACUUGAAAUACUUUCAGUCUGUCUGUAUUCAAACAGAUUGCGUUAUAGAAUUUAUAUCACAUCCUAAAUUAAGAUUUUUUGCCUUCAACUGCUUUAGACCAGUUCCAUUAAACCUAGACAACAUUAUUUCAGCCCUAGCUCCUCAAUUAGUAAUAAAACAGGAUAAUGAGGAAUUAAGUACAGAGAAACUUAAAAAGAUGCUAAAGAACUUUGAUGGAAACGAUAUAAAAUACGCUCUUCCACCAUUGAGAGAAAGAGAUCUUUUUUCACUAAAUCAAUGGGAAAGGUAUAAAUACGCUGAGAUUAUUGUUGACGUUAUACAUGAAAGAAGUUCAAAACUAAACUUUGCCGAUGAAGAAUUUCGAAGAUAUUUUUACAUAGCUUUGAAACAUUUUAUAGAACUUUCUAGUAUUUAUUACAAUUUUAGACUUACUGAUAUGGUCUUUAGAGUUUGUCUAAGCGGUUUUCUACUUGAUUCUAAUAUUGCUUCUACGAAUGAAAUUUUACUUGAAACACUUAUAAAUCAUUUUAAAUUCUUUAAAACUAUAGAUAUGAUGUAUGGUAUCCGAUAUUUAAAACUAGCUAUUCAAAGUCUAUCAUUGGAGGAAUUUUCAAUAGAUGAAUUAAUAUUAUUCAAAAAGUCCUCCUUCGAAUAUAUUACUUACUUGAACUUUGUUGAUCGAGACAACAUUCUUAAUGCAUAUAAGCUACCAUUCGAAAGCUUUAUUCGUACGGAAAUUGAAAAAGAACUUACUCAGAGACAACGUAACGUUAAAUCGGAAAGAGAGAAGAAAACUUUAGUUGAAAGGGCUUCGUCAACAGAUUGUAUAGAAACGCUAAAGGAAUUAUGCUAUCAGAAGGUUGUUUUCAACCGACAUACAAUUUUCAAAGAAGGAAAUCGGGUUAUAGAUUUGCCAUCACCAAUUAUUGAUGAACUUAUUAUUCUUAUAAACGAUAAAGAAGUUGGAAUUAGACCAUUUUAUCUAAAUUCUCAUCUGAGAAAUGCAAAGAAUAUACAAAUAAAUGGACAUCGUAUUAAAAAUGAUUCAAAUUUAUCAUUUUUAAGCAAUCCUAAUCUAGAAACAUGUAUAAUAAACGAUUUAAAAUAUCAUAAUUUAAGCUAUAUACUCUCUUUAAUCAAAAGUGAACAUUUGAAAAAACUCUCUCUAUCAGAAUUGGAAGGCUCUAAAGUAAAUUUGAAAACUGGUGAUAUAUUUCCAAAAAUUGAAUGGAAAAUAUUUCAAAAUCUUCAAGUAUUGAAAGUGUGUUAUCACGAUUCAAAUCAUUACUUUCUAGAGAAUUUAUGUAUUGAAUUGAAAAAUCUAGAAGAAUUGGAUUUUGAAUGUUUUAAUGAAAAUAUUUAUCCUAUUAAAAGACUUACUAAACUUAAACGCUUUAGACUUAGUAACAUAAGUCAUUCUCAUAUAAAUAAUUCAAUCUGUUCAUUUGGAAAUCUUGAAUUGUUAGAAUAUUUUGAAAUAAAUGUAAAUGAACGAGCAAAGAGACUCGAUUCCAAAGUGGAGAAUUUCUUGAAAUCUAUUUCAUGGCCAAAUUUGCAAUACUUCAAUUACUUGCCUUUAAAUAAAGUCAAUUACAUAAAUGAAAUCUGUGAUUUUGUACAUAGACAUCCUAAAUUACAAUUUCUAGUUGUUAAUAUUGAACGUUCGUCUCCAUACUAUCCUUAUCGAGACGAAACAAACCUUGAAGAGAAAUUAUCAAUGUUAUCAAAGAAUUUAAUUAUAGUUAAUAAUUACUACGGAUUAACAAUGCAUAAUUUUAAAAAGAUGUUUGCAAUUAUGAAAGAGGAAGAGGUUAAAAAUUAUAUCCUUUUGAAUGAGAAUCUAUUAUACGGAAGCUGCUUUCUACAUUAUAGUAACGAUGAAAGAUUUUUAACAUUAAAUUGUUGGGAAAGAGAGAAAUAUUUCGAAAUUCUCGUUGAAAUGAUGAACAGAGACAAACAUUCCACUCGUCAAAGGAUCGGAUAUUUACAUUUUUACAGGCUCUUAUUUACCUUUAAUCAAUAUAAAAGCUACUGUCAUAGCGUUAAGCUUAAAAAUAGGCUUAUAAGAAUGACAUGCGAUGUAAUUCUACUUGAGCUUAGUUGUUCUGCAAAAGAUGAUCAAACAUUCGAUAUAUUUGAUAAAUAUAUUUCACCUUUUCGAAUGAUGACUGCAAUAGAAGCUGAAGAUUGUCUAGUCGCUCUUAAAACCCAUAGCUAUACAGCCCAUUUACAAAUAAUCAAGUUUUUAAGUGUUCUACUAUUUAACUGUAUCGAUAUAAGCAAGUUCUCUUUAGAAGUGUUAAUGAAAUUGAAAACACAAUUUGCCGAAAGCUUUGAAAUAAGAAAUCGUAGACUCAACAGAAUUCAUAGAUCAAAUGAUAACACUGAAGACAGUUGCCUUAUUUAUCUAUUUCUAAAAUAUUUUAAAUCGGAAAUUGAAUUAAAAAGACAGAAAAAACUUACUGUGAUGCCUUGUGAAGAUGUAAAACUACCAAAGAGAAAAUUUCAAACUUUAAAGAAACUUUUUACAGAUUUUCGUAAAUUUUUCUCAUAG